AUGGAUCAAAUGAUGAACGAUGGCGACCGAUUUCCUCUGGAGACCUGGUUCUGGGAAAUGCCCAUCUGCACGAGGUGGUGGACGACGGCGACAGUACUCACUAGCGGCUUGGUUCAGUGCCAACUCGUCACACCGUUCCAGCUAUUCUACAGCUACCGGUCAGUCUUCGAGAAGGCCCAGUACUGGCGACUCCUGACGACCUUCCUCUACUUCGGCCCCUUCUCCCUGGACCUCCUCUUCCACGUCUACUUCCUCCAGCGCUAUUCCCGGCUGCUCGAAGAGUCGUCGGGCCGGUCGCCGGCGCACUUCUCCUGGCUGCUCAUGUACGCCAUGGCGAGCCUGAUCAUGCUCUCGCCGCUCGUGUCGAUGCCCUUCCUGGGCCACCCGCUGUCCUCGACGCUCGUCUACAUCUGGUCGCGGCGCAACCCGGACACGCGCCUCAGCUUCCUGGGCCUCAUCGUCUUCACGGCACCCUACCUCCCCUGGGUGCUGAUGGGCUUCAGCCUGAUCCUGCACGGCACCGUGCCCAAGGACGAGAUCAUGGGCGUCCUCAUCGGCCACGUCUGGUACUUCUUCACCGACGUCUAUCCGCCCCUGCACAACGGCUCCAGGCCCCUCGACCCCCCGGCCUGGUGGCGCCGCCUGUUCGAGCGCCGCCAGCAGAGGGAGGUGACGGCCGACGGGAUAAAUAACGAGAUCGCCGUCGCCGGCGCUGGGGUCGCGCCCCCGGAGGUGAGGUGA